AUGUCAUCAUCUCAUGGAUAUAUCAUUGCCCUGCUUUUGGCUAUUAUGGUGUGCCUUACCACAGCUCAACAAAACGUUUUAAAAUGCUGGCGUUGUUCAACAGAUGUUUCCAAUGGUGAAUUCUGCAACGAUCCCUUCGAACCCAAUGGCAUUACAGAUCAACAACGUUACUGGAGCUACGUCAAUUGCACCUACAAUUUGGGAUUCAAGGCAGUGAAUGCCCGGCCCGUAUGCAAAAAGCUGGUACAGGAAGUUUAUGGCAAACGCGUCAUAUCACGUUCCUGCUUCUAUGAGGACAUCGAUGAUCCAGCAGAUAAAUGUGCCCGUGACACCACUUCGUCGUACAUUAAGACCGUCUUCUGUGAGACAUGCAAUUCGGAUGGCUGUAAUGGCGUGUCGGGGCUAAUGCCAUACGGGGCACUGUUGGCGUUGACAGCAUUGCUGGUGAAAUUAAUGAAAUAAGCGAAAAAAA